AUGGCGGCAGGAAAGCAAGAUGGCAUCGCGGCCAAUUGGCGUUGUUUUGUUGCUUGUGCUAUUGUGACUUUGUCUCCUUUCCAGUAUGGUGUUGACUUUGGAUUGAUUGGCGGAUUGCAAGCCAUGCCCGGUUUUCUCCAGGUAUAUGGAUACAGAGCACCGGAAACUGCCAUUGGCUGGAAUAUCUCCACCGUGCGCCAGCAGUUGAUCUCCUCCUUGAUGACGCUGGGAGCCUUUAUCAGCUCUGGAGCUGCGGGAUUUGCUGCUGCCAAGCUUGGACGGCGGCAGUGUCUUUGGCUUGCCUGCUUUCUCUGCUGUGUCGCCAACAUUAUCAUGAUGGCCACCACAGAUGUCGCAGCUUUAUAUGCUGGACGGCUAAUUAUUGGACUGGCAAAUGGCUACUUCAUGACAUUUUCUCAACUCUACAUCCAAGAGUGCAGCCCCGCCAAAUACCGUGGCCUUUUCUUAUCUGCCUUUCAAUUCUUUACCUCAUUCGGAACGCUCAUCGGGACUAUCAUUGACUGGGCUACCGCCAAACGACCCGACAAGUCUGCAUACCUUAUACCGCUUGGAAUUAUCUACAUCGUCCCCGCUUUCCUGACCCUGGCAAUGUUCUUCAUUCCGGAAAGUCCCCGUUGGCUCAUUUUACAAGGUCGACAUGAGGAUGGGAUCAAGUCACUCACGUGGCUCAGACCAGAUGGUGCUGACGUUGCUUCUGAAGCAAUUGUCAUUCGAACUGCGAUCGAGAAAGAACAGGAACUGAAGAGCUCGGUUGGAAUAUGGGAUAUGUUUCGAGAUCCGGUUAAUCGAAGGCGGACCACUCUCGCUGUUUGCGCCGUGACUUUGCAAGCAGCGUCAGGAUCCAUGUUCAUAAUCGCGUACAAAGCAUACUUUUUCGCCAUGGCGCAUGUUUCCAACGCAUUCGGCAUGAGCUGUGUCCUCAGUACGAUGGGAUUGUUAGCUAUCCUCAUUAAUUCCGUCAUCGUCGUUCGAUAUGGACGCCGCAGAGUCCUUCUGAUGAGCGGCCUUGUCGUCUGUGGGGUUCUCCAGCUCAUCAUUGCCAUCACGUACGACAAGAACCCUGGCACGAAGACCACGGGCAAAGUUUUGGUGGCGCUUGCUUGCUUAUACAUGAUGAGCUAUAAUGGAAUGAUUGCCACUUAUGCCUGGCUUUCUGGCGGCGAGCUUCCAACACAGCGCCUUCGAAGCUACACGUUUGGCCUUGCGGCCGCCAUCGGUUUUCUUGGCGCGUGGCUCACGACGUUUACGGCUCCAUAUUUCAUCAACCCUGCCUCCCUGGAUUGGGGUCCGCGGUACGGAUACAUAUGGGCCCCAUCCUGCGCAAUCGCGGCGCUAUGGGUAUUCUUCUUCCUUCCAGAGGUCAAAGGUCGAACCCUAGAAGAGAUUGAUGAGAUGUUCGAAACCAAGCUACCUGCACGCCAGUUCCGCAAAUAUAAGUGCGUCGGAAGCUCUGCCGUGUUGGAGGAAAAACUUGGUAGGAAGAAUACCGUCUGGGGGAAUGAGAAGGCCACGGCCGAAGCCACAGUCAGCACCGCAUAA